AGCCUGGGGUGACAGAGUGAGACCCUAGCUCUAAAAAACAAAAAAAGAAUGCCAAGCGUCUAAACUUUGAGCUCCUUGAGGAUAAAAACUAGGCUUUUUUCAUCCUCAAUGCCCAGUAUCUUAGUUGAUGUUUAUUGAGUGUAUAUGAGUGUGCAUAUGCCCACAAACAGAAAAGCUGUUGUCAGGAAGGUAUUUGUACACUCAGGCUUUCCACUCUGAUAGUCAUCAGGCACAUGUGAGUACUGAGCACUUGAAAUGUGGAUUGUCCAGAUAGGAAUGUACUAAUUGUCAAAUACGCACUGGAUUGCACAGGCUUGGGGCAGUACAAACAAAAGAAUGUAAGAUAUCCCACGAAUAGUUUUUAUGAUUAUUGCACAUUAAAAUGAUCAUAUCUUGGAUCUACUGCAUUAAAUAAAGUAUAUUAUUAAAAUUAAUUUUAUCUCUUUAUUACUUUCUAUAAACAGCUACUAGAAAAUUUUAAAUUAUACAUGUAGCUGCUCAUAGAAGGUUGGUAUCUGGGUUAAUUCAUUAGUGUAGAUUCAUAAAAACAGUCAUUUUCUUUAGUUUCGUGGAUUUGUUGAACUAAAGAUCCUAUAGGGUUACCACCUUCCCUGUCCCUCCUCCCCUACUACCAAAUAUUCAUGAGAACAAAUGGGAAGAAUGUACUCUGCUUUUAAAGGUACAGAUUUUUCUCUGCUGUCAUAAGUAUACCUAGAACAGAAGCAUUGUUGACUCCAAGUAGUUUCACUAAUGAAAAGGAAGCAGCAGAAUGACUCAUGUAAGUUGGAGGAGACACUGUUUUCUUUGGAAUGCUUUGGUUCUUGCAUUUUAGGACAGGUGUGGCUGCUGUUGAACCAGCAGAGUCAUCCUAGGCACAUCUGACGUGAGGAACUGGAGCAUUGCUCAGGGGCCCCUGCCUUCUGACUAAUGGAUGUAGGAUCCAUCAUAUAUCAGGUUGCUCCUCACCAAUACAAACUCUGAUACAGAAAUGCACUUGGUGUGUUUGCUUUUUCUUUCUGGUUUAGGGCAGAAAUAUUUUGAUUUAGAGACUUUUCUACUGAACUAUGACAUAAUAGGAUAAGAAUAUUGUGUCAAAAAUAGCCUCAUAAGGUCUUUUUUGACAUUAAGAGUUCUGGAGUGAGUUUGCGGUGGAUUAUUGAGAAUAAUUCUGUUUAUCAGCGGCUGGCCAUCUUUGAUGAGUGCUGACUUCUCUCCUUUCAGCACAGAGUGGGAAUGCCUGCCUCCUGUGACUCUGGAUUGGAGUGAUCGGGAGUGCACACCAGCCAUCCUCUUGCAGAGGUGGGGCACGUGCUGGCACAGAGCCUCAGGUUAGGCCGAAGGGAUGCAAUCUCAGACCAGCAGCCAGCAGUGUUUAUAAACAACAGGAGGGAGAUUGUGCUGGCGAUUUCCAACUCGCGCCAAUGAAGAUCAACCAGUUUGCGCUUUGGGCAGCAGGCUGCAGAUGGACAGUGCCUCCUGAGGGCAUCGCCAUGUGCUAGGGAUCCGUGUUGCAGGAUACCUGCCUGCAAGAGAGAAUCAAGGAGUGCUUUUUAAGCCCCUGGAGCUCAGGCCUGGCGUUAAGUAGAGUGGGUGUUAAGUAGAGUGAAUCUCCUGAAGUCCAAACUAACAUAUGACAUUUUUAAAUUAGGAAAACAAAUGGCUCUGAAAAGGUCUAAAGGAUUAUAGAUAAGUAUAUGAUACGGAAAAUGUUAUAGAGGGUUCAGGAGGUGAUGGGGUCAUCCAGGGUUGGUUGCACUGAAAUUGAAUUACCCUGUCUUUUACUCAUCUGUGGAAAAGAAAAAAAAAAGAGGAAAAUUAUGUCCCCCAAAGAUGCUUGGAGAUUUGACUGGAUGUUUGUAAAGUGCUUUGAUAUCUUUAAUAGAGUGUCCGAUAAGAGCAAAGCAAACUACAAGUCUGAAUCAUCUUAAGUAGAUACUAAGUGGCUCUGUGUCUUUGUUGUAAGUUGUACUUAUAUUUUCAAGAGAAAAUUUCACAUUCUGAUAUUCUUUUAAGUAUCAGCUGUAUGCUUGGGGUCUUUACCUGUUAACUUGAGCUCCAACAUGCUUUGUAGAGGACAAUUUUUCUAGCCAAGCAGUUAAAUGCACCUUAAAAUGCUUCUUGCCAAGGACAAUGCCUUUGCAAAUGUUUAAGAUAUUUAUGCUUGGUUGUGAUUUUUUACUGAACCUGUGUCUUCAUAGCGACUCCUUGGGAGGUACAGGAAGCAUAGCCAGAAAGCAAAUCCCUGCAAUCAGUUCAUUAUAGAGAAUGAAAAAGCUUUUAUUUCAAGGUUCUGGUGGAUAGACUUACCGAUAUGUGUAUUCUGUGUCUAUUUAAUUUCACGUAGUGCUGCAUCUAAUCACGCUGUUUAAAUAAUCGGACAGAAUGUCCUUUUGCUCUGCUUUUGCUUGUGAAGAGCACACAGCACUGCCACCUUGUUGCCAAAGUUUGGUCUGAUUUGAAUGUGCUUAAAAAUCAAGUGAAUGCCUGUUGGGAAAAAGCUUACUCCUUCUCUUUGUCAGUACUUGCAAAAACAACUUAAAAGAAGUUAGCAUUAUUGGACUGAAUUCAGUAAUUAGCAUAAUCACGAUGCUAUGUGUUGUUCACCAGGGCACGCCCCUUGGCCACAUUUCCCAUUAAGAGGACACCGAUGUUGUCCUAGUGAAUAAAUCCCAGCACACAUGAUGCAAAUCAGCAUGUUCCUGCCUGCCGCUCGGCUGCGGUUAAUUUUAGCCAGCGUUAGUUCUAUGAGUUGUAAAAGUAGAAGUUAGCAAGCUGAAAUGUGACUUCUCGGCCUAAUGUGAUAGGGUAUCUAUUUUAGACUUCAGAUUGUGUAUAUGAUCAGGAGAGCAGUCUUCUGAAGAACUGUGGCUCAGUUUUCUUUGAAACUACUUGAGGAGACAUCACAGCUUUCCCAGACUGGGAGGAAAAAUAUGGAAUGUGUUUUACUGCUGACUGAACACAACCAAAUGAACUGUCCUGACAGUAGUUUGAAAACCAGCAGCUAGCAGUUCGUCCAGCCUCUAACACUGUCCAGCACUUUCCAGCGCAAACUCACUGUUUACAAGAACUCUUGGCCUUACGAAGUUUAUAACCUCAAGCUUUGUUUAUUUAAAAUCUUCCUGCAAAAGAAAAGUACCUGGCACCCGCUUUCCAAAAUGGCCAUGGAUGAGUAUUUGUGGAUGGUCAUUCUGGGCUUCAUCAUAGCUUUCGUCUUGGCCUUUUCUGUUGGUGCAAACGAUGUUGCCAACUCCUUUGGUACAGCCGUGGGCUCUGGUGUGGUGACCUUGAGGCAGGCGUGCAUUUUAGCUUCAAUAUUUGAAACUACCGGCUCCGUGUUACUAGGAGCCAAAGUAGGAGAAACGAUUCGCAAAGGUAUCAUUGACGUGAACCUGUACAACGAGACGGUGGAGACGCUCAUGGCUGGGGAAGUGAGUGCCAUGGUUGGUAGAGAUGACGGCACAACAGACAGCUGAUGUGUACGGGUAAUUUGGUUAGGGAGAAGAGGGUUAGAGAGGAAUUCUACCACCUUCUGCUUUCCACAGGACAUAUCCUCUUGUAGGAAGAGUCCUGCAGCAGGAGGUUCCGCUGUGUGGCAGCUGAUCGCAUCCUUCCUGAGGCUUCCGAUCUCAGGAACUCACUGCAUUGUGGGCUCUACUAUAGGAUUCUCCCUGGUCGCCAUCGGUACCAAAGGUGUGCAGUGGAUGGAGCUUGUCAAGAUUGUUGCUUCUUGGUUUAUAUCUCCACUGUUGUCUGGUUUGAUGUCUGGCCUGCUGUUUGUACUCAUCAGAAUUUUCAUCUUAAAAAAGGAAGACCCUGUUCCCAACGGCCUCCGGGCACUCCCAGUAUUCUAUGCUGCUACCAUAGCAAUCAAUGUCUUUUCCAUCAUGUACACGGGAGCACCAGUGCUCGGCCUGGUUCUCCCCAUGUGGGCCAUAGCCCUGAUUUCCUUUGGUGUCGCUCUCCUGUUCGCCUUUUUUGUGUGGCUCUUCGUGUGUCCGUGGAUGCGGAGGAAAAUAACAGGCAAAUUACAAAAAGAAGGUGCUUUAUCACGCGUAUCUGAUGAAAGUCUCAGUAAAGUUCAGGAAGCAGAAUCCCCAGUAUUUAAAGAGCUACCAGGUGCCAAGGCUAAUGAUGACAGCACCAUCCCGCUCACCGGGGCGGCAGGAGAGACGUCAGGGGCCUUGGAAGGCACCUCCACGGGCAGCCACCCUCGGGCUGCAUACGGAAGGGCCCUGUCCAUGACCCAUGGCUCUGUGAAAUCGCCCGUCUCCAACGGCACCUUCGGCUUCGACGGCCACACCAGGAGCGACGGUCACGUGUACCACACCGUGCACAAAGACUCGGGGCUUUACAAAGACCUGCUGCAUAAAAUCCACAUCGACAGGGGCCCCGAGGAGAAGCCAGCCCAGGAGAGCAGCUACCGGCUGCUGCGCCGGAACAACAGCUACACGUGCUACACUGCGGCCAUCUGCGGGCUGCCGGUGCACGCCACCUUCCGAGCCGCGGACUCGUCGGCCCCGGAGGACAGCGAGAAGUUGGUGGGCGACACCGUGUCCUACUCCAAAAAGAGGCUGCGCUACGACAGCUACUCGAGCUACUGCAACGCGGUGGCGGAGGCGGAGAUCGAGGCGGAGGAGGGCGGCGUGGAGAUGAAGCUGGCGUCGGAGCUGGCCGACCCUGACCAGCCGCGGGAGGACCCUGCGGAGGAGGAGAAGGAGGAGAAGGACGCGCCCGAGGUGCACCUACUGUUCCAUUUCCUGCAGGUCCUCACCGCCUGUUUUGGGUCCUUUGCUCACGGCGGCAAUGAUGUGAGUAAUGCCAUUGGUCCCCUGGUAGCCUUGUGGCUGAUUUACAGACAAGGCGGGGUAAUGCAAGAAGCAGCUACGCCCGUCUGGCUGCUGUUUUAUGGAGGAGUUGGAAUCUGCACAGGCCUCUGGGUCUGGGGGAGAAGAGUGAUCCAGACCAUGGGGAAGGACCUCACUCCCAUCACGCCAUCCAGUGGCUUCACGAUCGAGCUGGCCUCCGCCUUCACCGUGGUGAUCGCCUCCAACAUCGGGCUCCCAGUCAGCACCACGCACUGCAAGGUGGGUUCGGUGGUGGCAGUGGGCUGGAUCCGCUCCCGCAAGGCUGUGGACUGGCGCCUCUUUCGGAACAUCUUCGUGGCCUGGUUCGUGACUGUCCCCGUGGCCGGGCUGUUCAGUGCUGCUGUCAUGGCUCUUCUCAUGUAUGGGAUCCUUCCAUAUGUGUGAUUUGUCUUCUUCCAGCUGCAAACAGCUAAAGGAUGGUCUGGUGUGGGCGUGUGGGAGACGCGUGACCUCGUGCCAUGCACACACACAUCCUGGCCGUGCAUGGCUCUCUCAUGACCAGCUCUCCACCUCCCUUCGGGGAGGCUCCAUCCCACACCAUUCACCCAGGCUGCGGAGACUCACCUUCCCAAGCUAACUUAACUACUGUACAUAAUAAUAUGUAUUAAACUGGUAUCGUGGUGAUAUAAUGUGGUGCAGUUACUUAUAUAUUAAAUAUCUAUUGUAUCCAUAGAAUAGGUAGUGUUAUUUCAAACAUAUUCAAGAUGGGAGUGGAGAUCAUUGCCUAGAAGUCAAUAUUCAAUAAAUCUUGUACAUAGCUAUUUCAAUAGCAAAUGUUAAGCCUUUAAAAGGAAAGCGUAGAUUGGAAAAUAAUUUUUUUCCAAAUGAUGUUUUUCCCUUCUAAUAUACUGUAAGGUAACGAGCUUCAGGACAGGUGACACGACCCAUCAGAGGCCACAUGCUGUGGGAUGACAGCAGGACGGGAGGUCACAAGUGCUUUCACUGAAGAUUUGUUCAUAUACUGUGUAUUGAUUCUUGUGUAAUAUAUCAUCAUUGCUUUUGUAAAUACGUAAAACUGUAAUUUUUUAAUGGUGUGCUUCCCUUAUACUUUUUUGAUCAGAGAAUUUUGGAAAGUACCAAAGAAGCAGGGGAAUCGUUGGCCAGUGUUACAUUUUCAUGUUGUCUGUCUCCCCCUCACUGAUCAUACCCACCCCGGAGCACGUGUGGCGGCGGCACCGUCACCCAGCAUGCGCCACACCGUGGCUCCCACCAGCAGUGCCGCCGCCGCCGCCACCACACACCAGAUCCUGCCCACCCUGCAGUGGCCUUUCCUUGUCAUCAGAGUAGAGAAUGCACAGGUGUCAGUGAGGGCGUGCGGCCGAGCACUACAUGUCAAGUCCGGUGUCAGUUUCCAUCCUAGUUCUCCUUGCAACCCGAAGAAUGGAUGCUUGUCUCAAGUGUCAGUGCAAAGGAGGCUUUUUCUGUGCUUUGACAUUCAGGGACAGGAGGGAGGGGGAAUGCUGAACACUGAUGGAGUAUUUAUCUGAGGCCCACGCAAAGCUGGACACCAGGCUCUACUCUAGCCCAUUGGAGUCUCUUCUUUUUUGAUAGCGGGAGGGAGGAGGUGCGACUAAUGUUGGAGCCUGAAACUAUGGAAAUGCUGCUAAAAUUUUUAUAUUGACAAACAUUUUCUUGGUACUUCAUUGUGAUUUUUCAUUAAUCAACCAUAUUAAAUUUAUAAUAAAAAAUGCCCCUCAGAA